UAGGAGGAAGUGACCCCUCCCAACUGCAUUCUUCUCCGGUGUCAGAGAAUUUUACUUUUAUUUCCUCGUCUGCUGUCAGCGAUGGCGUCUGCUGAUCUGAGAGCUGAGCUGGAAUGUUCCGUCUGUCUGAACAUUUAUACAGAUUCUGUAAACCUGAGAUGUGGUCACAACUUCUGCCGGGUCUGUAUUGAUCGUGUGCUGGAUACACAGGAGGAGUCUGGAGAUUACUUCUGUCCUGUGUGCAGAAAAAGGUUCAGGAGUCGUCCUGCACUGCAGAGGAACAUAACACUACGUAACAUAGCGGAGAAUUUCCAGUCUGCUCAGCCAGAUAUAGAUCAGGAGGAGUCCGGGAUCUUCUGUACUCACUGUGUGGACUCUCCUGCACCUGCUGUUAGAUCCUGUCUGCUCUGUGAGGUUUCUCUGUGUGAUAAACACCUGAGAGUCCACAAAAAGUCCCCAGAACACAUCUUAUGUGACCCCACCUUGUCCAUGGAGAGCAGGAAAUGCUCCGUCCAUAAGAAGGUCCUGGAGUAUUACUGCACUGAGGAUGAGACCUGUAUCUGUAAGUUUUGUGUGAUUGGAGAACAUAAAGGACAUAAGAUGGAGUCACUGAAUAAGGCUUCUGAGAAGAAGAAGGAGACACUGAGGAAUGUUCUGCAGAAACUUCUGACAAAGAGAGAGGAGAAGAGAGUCCAGAGUCUGCAGGAAUACAGGAGGAAAGUAAUAGAGUCCAUACCCACUUUAGAAAUCUCAGGAGUCACCUGGAAGACCUGGAGAAGAUCAGGUCUCCAUCUUCCUCCAGGAUCUGGAAAUAAAGAAGGAGGAGCUGUCCAGGAAGAUGCGUCACAUUGAGGAGCUGUGUAACAUGACGGAUCCACUGACUAUCUUACAGGAAUCAGACACAGGUGACUUGUGUGAUACUGAG